GCACAUAAAUCACAUAAUCAUGUAAUAAUCGCAAUCACAGGCAUUUCGUCACAUAAAAUGAUGCUCAAACCAAUAUAUUAAAUCGAAAGCUCUUGAAAAUACUUUAGUUCGAAAGCCCACCUCAUUCGUUUAAAGCCUUAACUUGUGUUCCAUUCCGUUCUCGAAAAGCGUGCAUAGAGUCACCUAUUGAUUUAAUGUACUCCGGACCAAAAACUAGAUUAACUCUAAUCAUCUCCUUCACUAAAACAAUAGGCCCAUAUCUAUAAAUUAAUUCACAUGGCCCAAACAUUUUAAUAAAAAAAAAGGGCCCAAAACUUCAACUCAUUCUCACCUUACGUGAAAUCCAAGGAUUUUGAAGUUUCCAAAUUAUUUUCCUUCUCCUUCUCUUCCACCUCUCUUUCUGUUUCCCUCUCUUCUAACUUAACAUUUAGAGGAACAAAUCUCCAAAUUUGAGCAGCAACUUUCUUAUCUCCCUCGCUUCUUCUCUCCGGCAAAACUCGGCAUUGCCGCUGCCACCGUUCUUCGCCACGCGAGCUGCUGUCCGCUGACGCGAGCUGCUGCAUCAAGCACUGCCGUCUCCUCUUCACUCUGUGACUGCCGAAGUCCAGCCGCCGCUGCUCCAGAUCGAGACAGCCGCUGUCCGCCGUGCAGCCGUCGUCCUUCCUCCGCGAAGUCAUCGCCCUCGAAUAGCCGUUGCCUCCCCGCUCUCAAUUCCAGCCUGGUCUCUCCGUCGCCGCUGCCCCACGCUCCAAAUUGUAGCGUCGUUGCCGCUUCUAUCUCCUUCGCUGCCUUCCUCACACCACUGUUGUUACUGUAUGCCGAUAGCGUCGUCGCUGCUCGGUCUUCAUCGCUGGCAACCCGCGCUCCUUACUUUUUCCCUCAGUCAGAUCGCAGCGGCUGCUGUCCGUCGCUGCCGGCUGAUUCGCCCUUCCUCCGUCGCAGAACGCAGUUCCUUUCUUCCUCUCUGUUCUCCCCCAAUUUCACGUCAUAUACAUCACUUUCUCCCUCAAUCUUACAUUUAUCUUCUGAACAGUUGAUUUCCUCAUCUUCUUGAGCUGGAUUAUACUCCUCGUCUUCAUCCACAAUUUUCUUGUUGCAGCGAAACGUAAAUGGGUGAAAUCUGAUAUGUGAAGGGAGUAUUAUAGAGGAAGGGGUGGUUGAUAGAUAUGGGAGAGAUUUAGGGAGUGGGGAGGGGCAGUUUCAACGUGGGAAUGGGAGUGGGAUUCGAAUUCCUCUUCCCUUUUUUUAUUUUACUUGAUUUUGGUUUAAUUUGAAUUUGUUUGGUAUUUUAUUUGCAGAUUACGGAGGAAGAAAUCUUUGCAGAAUCUUUAUUUACAAUUUGAAUUAACGCAGAUUGGUGACCAAGUCAACUAGGAAAAGAUUUAAUUAGAUUAAUUUGAUUUUUUUUCUCACUUAUCUUUUUUUGGGAUGUUACAAUUUAAUUACUCCAUUAUUUAAUAAGUUGUAGUUCCAUUGAUUAAUUAACACUAAUUGUGAAGUAACAGUUCCACCUUCCUAAACAAAUCGGAGAUAAUUAAAGAAAGUUUUUGUAUUUCAAAAAAACAAGAUCUCUGUUCUGUUUUGACGCCAAUUUAUACGCAUUCUUUAUUCUUCACACCAAACGGCAAACGGUGAGAGAGAGAUCAGCGAUCUGGAGAAGAGAGUAAUGGCAUCAUUCGACGCGUCCAUUCGACAACGGCGAGUACACCACCUUUGAUGAUUCCUACUCCGUCUUUUUCCUCAGCCGACGCGCCGCCGUACUCCGCUGAAACUGAGGAAGUUACGGUGGAUCAUCAUGCGGAUGCCAACGGCCACGAUCCGUUCGGAUUCGGGUCAAGUGAUCAACCAGUCGGAUAUUCCGGCACGAUUCCUAUCGCUAAUGGCAAUGGGAGCUCGCCUUUCGACAUUGGGGGAGACUCAGAGGGGAUUUUCAGCUUGGACGGACCGAUCCUUCCGCCUCCAGGUGAUAUGCAGGAAGAAGGAUUUGCACUUCGGGAGUGGCGGAGGCAAAAUGCUAUUCGACUGGAGGAGAAGGAGAAGAGGGAACAAAAUAUGCGAAGCCAAAUCAUAGAAGAAGCUGAAGAAUAUAAACAAUCGUUCUUUGAGAAAAGAAAGCUUAAUACAGAGACUAACAAAACUACCAACCGAAAAAGAGAGAAGUUGUCCCUUGCCAAUCAAGAAAAGUUCCACAAAGAGGCUGACAAACAGUACUGGAAAGCCAUCGCAGAACUCGUUCCCAACGAGGUGGCCAAUAUUGAAAAGAGGGGAAAAAAGAAGGAUCAAGAUAAGACGCCAUCAAUCAUAGUCAUUCAAGGGCCUAAACCUGGUAAACCAACUGAUCUUUCAAGGAUGCGUGGAAUAUUGGUGAAGCUCAAGCACAAUCCCCCCGCCCACAUGCUACCGCCCCCACCUGCUCCUGCCAAGGAUGGGAAGGAAAACAAGGAUGCGGAAAAUGCCAAAAAUGCUGCUCCUAAUCCUGCCAAAGAGUCGACAGUCGCCCCUGCCAAGGGUUCUGUGCCAGACAGUGCUCCACGAAUGGGGGUAGAGCAUGCUGCUCCAGCCACUGAACAACCAGCUAAAUAACUGGAUAAAGUGUUGAUUUUUCUAAAAUCCAAUUUUCUUAUCAAGAUUCAUUCUUUCUCCUUUCUAUGUCUGCCAUUGCAUUUUCAGUGAUGCAAGGGAUGUGGAAUUUUACCUCUGUAUCCAGCAUUUCUUUGUUGUUUGAUUCAUGACGUUUGUUUCUGUAAGCCUAGUGUUGAACUAUCCCGGUAUCGUAUUCGUAUCCA